UUUCCCCUUUCCCCCUACUCCCCGCCCUCGAGGGCCGCUAUAUAAGGCGAAUACGUAACUUCCGUUUCCUCUUCCAGAGAAGGCUCUCACGCCGCCCUUGCAGCCAUGUCUCUUGUAAUCCCCGAGAAGUUCCAGCACAUUUUGAGAGUGCUCAACACCAACAUUGAUGGACGGCGGAAAAUAGCUUUUGCCAUCACAGCCAUCAAGGGUGUGGGUCGAAGAUAUGCUCAUGUAGUACUGAGGAAAGCAGACAUUGACCUCACCAAAAGGGCUGGUGAGCUCACUGAAGAUGAGGUGGAGCGUGUGAUCACCAUCAUGCAGAAUCCCCGGCAAUACAAGAUUCCAGACUGGUUCCUUAACAGGCAGAAGGAUGUAAAGGAUGGAAAAUACAGUCAGGUUCUGGCCAACGGUCUGGACAAUAAGCUGCGUGAAGAUCUGGAGCGACUGAAGAAGAUUCGGGCACAUCGUGGGCUUCGGCACUUUUGGGGUCUCCGAGUCCGAGGCCAGCACACCAAGACUACAGGCCGCAGGGGUCGCACUGUGGGUGUGUCCAAGAAGAAGUAAACAACUUCACUGGCCUUGUCUAUUAAUAAAUAGUUUAUAUCAAAA